AUGAACCGAGUUGCUUCCCUGACGGGGCUGGGGAGAGGAGCCAAAAUCCUCGCGAUAUGCGUCGUCUUCACCGGACUUGCCUUGCUGUUGCAAUCUCUGCACCUGCCUUCGGAGCUUUACAACUCACGAACUCGGACCAGCAACAGUGAAAUUGCUCAUUUAGCCCCGAAGAAGCCGGCCAACACCACUGUCAGUGCACUCGUCUUCUACGGGCGCAAGGAUAGAGUAUCAUGUCUGCGUUGCUACUUGGAGCGCAACCUGGUGGAAAAUGGUGGCUGGCUUGACGAAGUUCUGUGGGUUGUGAACACAGAUAAUGAAGGCGACCUCAGCUACCUCAACGAGAUAAUCGAGAGCAAUCCGGCCGUUCACCGCAAGCUAGUCAUUCCAGGCGACAAGCUAUGGGUUUACUCAUACUACAAGGCCUGGCAACGAUUAGACCGAGGGAAAUACUACGUCAAGGUGGACGACGAUAUCCUCUGGAUGGCCGACGAUGCGAUCCCUCGGCUCGUCGCGCAAAAGAUAGCGCGUCCACAAGAUCUAGUCGUAUCGGCUAACAUCAUCAACAAUCCUCCGCUAGGGUUCAUGCACUACCAUAUGGGCGCUUUGCAUCCAUACUUUCCUGACACUGGGAGUCCCGCCCACAUGAAUGCCUCCACGCCUUGGAAGCCAUCGCAGCAUCCUUACUGGGAGGGUCCCGCGAACUACACAUGGCCACUCGAUAAGAAGCCUCCGCAUAAGAACCACAGGUGGCUCCGCGUUCAGAACGAGAACAUGAUGAGCCAGACACCUGCCGCAGAGCUUACUUACGACGUCUGGGGUCCAAGCUACGAGAGCUGGGCUAUCGCCGCGCAGAUGCAUUACUCCUUGCUCGAGAACAUCGAGAGAAACAGACUCGAUGUCUACAAAUUUGGCACAUGGGAUAUGCACGGACACCGGAUCCGUAUCAACUUCAUGUGCUUCUAUGCCGACGACAUCUUGGAUACAGACGUCGAAAAUUGGCCAAAGAACAGGGGUGACGAGGAUAUGGUUGUCCUCGACCUCCCAAAACAGUUGAAUCGCUCCGUCACCAUUGAAGGGAGAGCUUUAGGCGCUCACUUUCAGUACUCGGACCAGGGAGACCUGGUCGAUACAGACCUAUUGAAGCGAUACAAGGGACUUGCGGAUGAGCGCGCUUGUCAGUUCCCACGCCGCAAGCAUCACACCACAACCAUCGCCAGACCUCCCCCAAAGCCAACACAUAGAAGUCAACGCGCCAUGCAACCGCGAUAG